CUAAGCAGCGGCGCCUUGGUUCUCUGACCUCGGAAGAAGCGUCCGCCCGGGAAGAGCGGAUCCCCGGCUGCCUCCAGCGCACCCCACCCCUCCCACGACCACCUUUUUGCACCCCAAGCCGGGGGUAGUUCUAGGGACCACCACCCCCCCUCUCCCUGCCCAGGCGCCACCAUGCUGGACCCUUCGUCCAGCGAAGAGGAAUCCGAUGAGAUCGUGGAGGAGGAGAGCGGCAAGGAGGUGCUCGGCUCGGCCGCGUCCGGAGCGCGCCUCUCCCCCAGCCGCACGAGCGAAGGCUCGGCGGGCAGCGCCGGGCUAGGGGGCGGCGGCGGCGGCGGCUCCGGGGCCGGGGUGGGCGCCGGCGGCGGCGGGGGCAGCGGCGGGAGCGGCGGCGGCGGCGGCGGGGCCGGGGGGCUGCAGCCCAGCAGCCGCGCUGGCGGCGGCCGGCCCUCCAGCCCCAGCCCGUCGGUGGUGAGCGAGAAGGAGAAGGAAGAGUUGGAGCGGUUGCAGAAGGAGGAAGAGGAGAGGAAGAAGAGGCUGCAGCUGUACGUGUUCGUGAUGCGCUGUAUCGCCUACCCCUUCAACGCCAAGCAGCCCACCGACAUGGCUCGCCGGCAGCAGAAGAUCAGCAAACAGCAGCUUCAGACAGUCAAGGACCGGUUUCAGGCUUUCCUCAAUGGGGAGACUCAGAUUGUGGCUGACGAAGCCUUCAUGAAUGCUGUCCAGAGCUACUAUGAGGUAUUCUUGAAGAGUGACCGCGUGGCACGCAUGGUGCAGAGUGGAGGCUGUUCAGCCAAUGACUCACGGGAAGUCUUCAAGAAGCACAUUGAGAAGAGGGUUCGCAGCCUGCCAGAGAUUGAUGGCCUCAGCAAGGAGACCGUGCUGAGCUCCUGGAUGGCUAAGUUUGAUGCCAUCUACCGUGGGGAAGAGGACCCCAGGAAGCAGCAGGCCCGGAUGACAGCCAGCGCAGCCUCUGAGCUAAUUCUGAGCAAAGAGCAACUCUACGAGAUGUUCCAGAACAUUCUUGGCAUCAAAAAGUUCGAACAUCAGCUCCUGUACAAUGCCUGUCAGCUGGACAACCCAGAUGAACAGGCAGCCCAGAUCCGACGAGAGCUGGAUGGACGUCUCCAAAUGGCAGACCAAAUAGCCAGGGAACGCAAAUUUCCAAAGUUUGUAUCCAAAGAAAUGGAAAACAUGUACAUUGAAGAACUGAAGUCCUCUGUCAACCUACUCAUGGCCAAUCUGGAGAGCAUGCCUGUCUCCAAGGGGGGAGAGUUCAAGCUGCAGAAACUCAAACGCAGCCACAACGCAUCCAUCAUCGACAUGGGCGAGGAGAGUGAGAAUCAGCUCUCCAAGUCAGAUGUUGUGCUGUCCUUCUCCUUAGAGGUGGUGAUCAUGGAAGUGCAAGGACUCAAAUCCUUGGCUCCAAACCGUAUUGUGUACUGCACAAUGGAGGUGGAAGGAGGAGAGAAACUCCAAACUGAUCAGGCAGAGGCUUCCAAACCAACUUGGGGCACGCAGGGUGACUUCUCCACGACUCACGCACUGCCGGCUGUGAAGGUGAAGCUGUUCACAGAGAGCACAGGUGUCCUGGCACUGGAGGACAAAGAGCUUGGGCGGGUGAUUCUUCAUCCCACCCCAAACAGUCCCAAACAGUCUGAGUGGCAUAAAAUGACUGUCUCCAAAAACUGCCCUGAUCAAGAUCUCAAAAUCAAACUUGCUGUACGAAUGGAUAAGCCUCAGAACAUGAAGCAUUCUGGGUAUUUGUGGGCCAUCGGUAAGAACGUCUGGAAGAGAUGGAAGAAGAGGUUUUUUGUGUUGGUCCAGGUCAGUCAGUACACAUUUGCUAUGUGCAGUUACCGUGAGAAGAAAGCGGAGCCUCAGGAACUCCUGCAACUGGACGGCUACACUGUGGACUACACGGACCCCCAGCCAGGUUUGGAGGGUGGCCGGGCCUUCUUCAAUGCCGUCAAAGAAGGAGACACGGUGAUAUUUGCAAGUGAUGAUGAACAAGAUCGCAUCUUGUGGGUUCAAGCUAUGUACCGGGCUACUGGGCAGUCACACAAACCCGUGCCACCGACCCAGGUCCAGAAACUCAACGCCAAGGGAGGAAAUGUACCCCAGCUGGACGCCCCCAUCUCCCAAUUCUACGCAGAUAGAGCUCAAAAACAUGGCAUGGAUGAAUUUAUCUCUUCCAACCCCUGUAACUUUGACCACGCUUCCCUCUUUGAGAUGGUACAACGCCUGACUUUGGAUCACAGACUUAAUGAUUCCUAUUCUUGCCUGGGCUGGUUCAGUCCUGGCCAGGUGUUUGUAUUAGAUGAGUAUUGCGCCCGAAAUGGAGUCCGAGGGUGUCACCGACAUCUCUGCUACCUCAGAGACUUGCUGGAACGGGCAGAAAAUGGCGCCAUGAUCGACCCCACCCUGCUUCACUACAGCUUUGCCUUCUGUGCAUCCCACGUCCAUGGGAACAGUCAGCAAAUGCAUGUGUACCUUAGUGGGCUACUGCCGUAUACCAACUCUGAAGGGAGAAAAACUCCCUCUUCACCGGAACCAGAGGCUAAAAGAGAAACCAAAAGAGAAUCCAAAAAAAGAAAAGAGUCCAAAAUCCAGUCAAGUCAAGAACCCAAAAGGCCCGACGGGAUUGGAACAGUGACUGUUGAAGAAAAGGAACGCUUUGAGGAAAUCAAGGAGAGACUCCGAGUUCUGCUGGAAAAUCAGAUUACUCAUUUUAGGUAUUGCUUUCCAUUUGGUCGGCCGGAAGGUGCUUUAAAAGCUACUCUCUCACUCUUGGAAAGGGUCUUGAUGAAAGAUAUUGUUACCCCAGUGCCACAAGAGGAGGUAAAAACAGUCAUCCGUAAAUGCUUAGAGCAGGCCGCUCUGGUCAACUACUCGCGCCUCUCUGAGUAUGCCAAAAUCGAAGAAAAUGUAGGCCGAUUAAUCACUCCUGCCAAAAAGCUCGAAGACACAAUACGUCUUGCUGAACUAGUCAUUGAAGUUCUUCAGCAAAAUGAGGAGCACCAUGCAGAGGCCUUUGCAUGGUGGUCAGACUUAAUGGUGGAACACGCAGAGACAUUCCUAUCACUCUUUGCUGUGGACAUGGAUGCGGCAUUGGAGGUGCAGCCCCCCGACACAUGGGACAGUUUCCCACUGUUUCAGCUGCUGAAUGACUUUCUCCGUACUGACUAUAAUUUGUGCAAUGGAAAAUUUCACAAACACCUGCAGGACCUGUUUGCCCCCCUUGUUGUUAGAUAUGUGGAUCUGAUGGAGUCCUCAAUUGCACAAUCCAUCCACAGGGGCUUUGAGCGGGAGUCAUGGGAACCAGUCAAUAAUGGAUCAGGCACCUCCGAAGAUCUGUUCUGGAAACUUGAUGCUCUUCAGACCUUCAUUCGGGACCUGCACUGGCCUGAGGAAGAAUUUGGAAAGCACCUAGAACAACGGCUGAAGUUAAUGGCAAGUGACAUGAUUGAAUCUUGUGUCAAAAGAACCAGGAUUGCAUUUGAAGUUAAGCUGCAAAAAACCAGUCGAUCAACAGAUUUUCGAGUCCCACAGUCAAUAUGCACCAUGUUUAAUGUUAUGGUUGAUGCCAAAGCUCAAUCAACAAAACUUUGCAACAUGGAAAUGGGCCAAGAGCAUCAAUAUCAUUCAAAAAUAGACGAAUUGAUUGAAGAAACUGUUAAAGAAAUGAUAACACUCUUGGUGGCAAAGUUCGUAACUAUCUUGGAAGGCGUCCUGGCAAAAUUAUCCAGAUACGACGAAGGGACCUUGUUUUCUUCCUUUCUGUCAUUUACUGUGAAGGCUGCUUCCAAGUAUGUGGAUGUACCUAAACCUGGAAUGGACGUGGCUGAUGCCUAUGUGACUUUCGUCCGCCACUCUCAGGAUGUCCUGCGUGAUAAGGUCAAUGAGGAGAUGUAUAUAGAAAGGUUAUUUGAUCAAUGGUACAACAGCUCCAUGAACAUCAUCUGUACCUGGUUGACGGACCGGAUGGAUCUACAGCUUCACAUAUACCAAUUGAAAACACUAAUUAGGAUGGUAAAGAAAACUUAUAGGGAUUUCCGAUUGCAAGGAGUCCUGGAUUCUACCUUAAACAGCAAAACCUAUGAGACCAUCCGGAACCGGCUGACGGUGGAGGAAGCCACGGCCUCAGUGAGCGAGGGCGGGGGCCUGCAGGGAAUCAGCAUGAAGGACAGCGAUGAGGAAGACGAAGAAGACGAUUAGACUGUUCACUCCUAGAGCCCACUGGGACCGAGUCUAGUAAUCAAUGCAUGUCCUUAGUCUGUUAGUUAACCCCAUUAGGGAAUUUUCUGUCAACUACCAUGCCCAUGAGAUGUUUACCAAUACAAUUGCCAUUUUAGCUGUGUGGUACCAAGAUUAGCAAAUGACCUUCAGAUCCAUUGACAUUCCCCCCCCCAAUUUCCAUGUCUCUAUGUUUACAAGCAAUAUGGAGCAACAUUCUUUUAAAUACUGUUGUGAAUAAUACGUAGUCCAACUGCUAGGCGUGUCCCUGUUAUCAGCCAAGUUAAAAUGAUGCUUCAUUCAUGUACUACAUCGGCCUCCCUUGCUGGGAACUACGUGAAGGCAGGAGUAUACAUGGCAGGGCGUGGGGGGUAGGGGGGGCUGCUUUCACCUCUUUGUUUUAUGUCUGUGGAUACCAGUUAUUUAAGUGAGUACAUAAAUAAAUAAAUUUAAUUAAGCACAUAGAUCUGCUUUGUUUUCUUGUAAAAACCAAAGGCAAGGCUCUAACAGCCAACUUUUGGUUCUUUUUGUACCCCUAAGACUAAAAUGAAGAGCGAACCCCUUGUAUCCUGGUGAGCCCAGCCUUUUUAUUUACAAUUAUCAUUAGCCUCCCUCGGCAAAAAAAAAAAAAGGCUACAUUAUCAAUAAAUUGAUUCUCUAAACUGUUAUGGCAAGGGGGCAAUCUUAUCAUGACUUAGCAUCAAGAACAGUUGAGAGCCACUGUCGCUCGUCAGUUUAUCCUGUCAAUGUUCCAUUUUGCUUUUCUGUUUGAAUCACAAUGUAUGUACAAAAACACACCAACUAUUUAAAUUACAAUCCUAGACUAUAAAUGUGUUUAUAAUAAGAUACCGGUAUUUCCUUCCGUAGAAUGUAACCGAUAAUUUAAAUUAUUUUGUUCCACAAUGUUUUUUAUAUCCGUCAUGUACAUUGCAUUUUGAUCUGUAACUGCACGGCCCUGGGGUCCACUGCAGAGCUGUAUCUCCUGUGUAAAGUAGUGAUCCAUCUUGCUUUUGCCUUAUGUAAAGCCAACAGUUAUGUAAGUGUGGAAAGCUGUGGCUUCUCAA